GAUGACGGACAGGCUUUCGAUCGACACAUAUCGUCUUUCUUCUUAUGCCUACAGAUUAGAUACCUUUAACAAUUGGAUUUAUGAUGGGAGGUCAAAGUGUACAGCUGAAAAAUUAGCUAGGUCGGGAUUUUAUCGACCACGCGCAGACCUAAAUGCAGCUCAGUGUUUUGUAUGCCUAAAGGAGUUAGAAGGAUGGGAACCUGAUGAUGAUCCAGAUAAAGAACAUAGAACUCAUUCACCGAAAUGUCCAUUUCUUACCUCUAAACAAUAUGAAGAGAUGACAGUAGAAGAAGGCUUAAAGAUGGAUGUUGAAAGAUAUUGUAUACAUGUGAAUAAAUUGAUUGCAGAACACAGUGAUAUCCAUAUGCUUAAAAAGACAUUUAAAAAGUUCAGUGAAGCUCUCCUCUCUAGAAUUCCAAAACGACGAGGUAAAAGGACAACAGCAGUGAGUAAUGCAGAAUCAUGUGUGUCAGACAUGAGUCUUAGAUCUACUAGAUCAACUAGAAGCAGAUACAAAAGAACAUAAAUGCAUAUUUGGGUUGUGUUUUUUUAACAUCUUAAUGUGUAACAAUUUCUUACGUGCAUCCUGGUGUGUAUAUAUACAUAUACAUAUUGUGUUAUGCAUAAUGUUGAUUAAAACGAUUUGGUUUUUCUUCUGCCUUUUUUCAUUUUUCAAAUUACCCCCCUGAGAGCUACUGUGAAUGGCUAAAGUUGUUGUUUUGCUGCGAUAAG